AUGUCUUUUAACACAAUCACCUCUAUGUUCCGCAAUGACGGCUCUGGAGCUUAUGCACCACUUCCAACUUUUAACGACCGCAAUUCAGAGAAGGAACCCUCAUCGCCAUCAGAAUCGUCAUCACAAUUCUCUUCAGCGUACUCAGCUUCCUCAAAAUGGCAAAUCGACCCACGCACAAUUUCAGAUGCAACGCUAGGAUUGAGCGACGGUCUGACGGUUCCAUUUGCGUUAACCAAAGUUGUGGUGUUCUUGCCCAUCAAACUUUGUGAGGAGGUCAUGCUAAUUGUACCUUCUCUUCAGNNGGCCGGCCUAGCAGCUUUGGGUGACACCAAAAUCGUCGUGUUUGCUGGUAUGGCAGAAAUCCUCGCUGGCAGUAUUUCCAUGGGAAUCGGUGGAUAUUUGGGAGCCAGCGGUGAAGCGUGA